AUUCUUUCUGACGGGUUGUAUCCUGCACGAGGGUCCUCGCGGAGAAAGGGAGUGAGACUGCAACUGUGCCCUGCACUCACGGGCCACCAGAGGGCGCGCUUUUAAAAAAUUUAUAAAUGGCUUGAGAGCCUCAUCCUUGGAGCAUCUCGGGGCACCUGCUGGGACCCAGACAGGAAAGCAUUGUAGGAAAGGCUGUGAUCAAGGUUCUGGAUUCUCCCAGAAUGCUAAGACUAACUCUGAUCUUCUGAGGCUUCCAGAAACCUCUCUUCCAGGCAGCCUGUGGCCCCCAAGGGGUCUUGCGCAGCAAAUUGCCCCCUUUCCCUCUCUGAAUGUCUCUCUCCAAGACCCUCUGAAGCCUUUUGCAGGCACAUUUUCUCUCCCCUGCCCUCCUCUGAGUCUUGGAAGCCACUGACGCAUCACUCAGAUCAGAGAAUAAAGGUUACAGCUGACUUCUCUACUUUGUGAUGAGACCAACCUUUUAGCAAAAUGCAAGAAGGAUGGAUGGGGGUUAGGUAGGAGCUUUCAGAGUUGGGCGGCUGAGGCUUCCAUCUGCCUUCAAGCGUUCUGCCACCUGCCGCCCUGGGGUGAAGAUGUCUAUCUCCCAGGUCUCUGAUUCUUCAGGGUUUGGAAGGAUGUGGGAAGGUACAGCAUCUUUGUGCUGCCUUGGCUGCCUGUGCCGGGUGGACCGGAAGUUCGUGGAGGUGAUGUCUCCUGGAGCAGUCUCCCAUCAGGAAGGUGACAGGAUGCGGAAGACAAGUACCCCAGUUCUUGUGCAGUGAUGGGGCAGGAGGCAGGGAAAGGGGAGACUUUCGUGGCAACUGGGUCCCCACGGUAACUUGGUCCCCACCCUGUGGUGUCUGUGAGGUCACCCUGCUUCUUCCACUGGAGAAGGGAAAGGAGGGCCAGACAUGGAGGCCAUCCCUCCGGUCAGAUCCAGCCUCUCGGGGUCUCUGCUGGUGGUGGUGAAGCUGUCCGCACUGCUCGUCCAGAACCGGGCCCACCUCUAUAAUUUCCUGCUCCUCAAGAUCUUCCUCUUCAACCACUGGCUGUCGGGGCUGACUCGGGAGGCCCAGGGGUUCCACCCAUCCCCUAAGAUUGCUGGCUGCCCUGUGGGCCGGGUUCUCCGGGCCGGGCUGACACUGCUAGAGGUCCCUGUGUGCCUGGCGCUGCGGGUGCCCAGGCUGGUGUGGGCAGGCCUGCUGGGCUGUGCCCGGGCCUUGGGCCUGGGCCCAAAGUGGCUGGGGGCCUGGGAGCAGCUGGGCCUGUCUGCGGCCACCUGGAUGGACCUGUUCCUGUCGUGUCUGCACAGCCUGAUGCUGGCUGCGUUGCUGUUGCUGCUGCUGGUCUGGAGACUGUACCGGAAAGCCCAGUGCUGCAGCCUGGGCCAGCUGCCCAGGAAGGCUCUGCUGCAGAACCGCGUGGUGCAGAGGUCACUGGCGCUGCUGAAGAGUCUGUACUGGUGGGUGGAGAGCACGGUAGCGCUCACCUCCUGGCACCUGGCCUACCUCGUCACCUGGACCACCUGCCUCGCCUCCCACCUGCUGCAGGCCGCUUUUGAGCACACAGCCCAGCUGGCCCAGGCCCAGGAGGCUGAGCCCCAGAAGGCCUUGGGGCUCUCGUCUGAGACCCCACCCCCUGGGCCCCCAGCCCCCGGGGCCAGGCCAGUCCUGCCAGAGCCUGGAACUCCUGGAGAAUAAAUGUGUCCCCCUGUGCC